UUUGCCAUGAGCCCUUAGACUCUUGCAUCAACAGUGAGCGAGCUAUCAGCUGUCAGCGGGUGGGUGGCCUGGUGCGACCUUCAGAUUGUAGCUGUGUCACUGUUUUAUGAUGCCAUCCCAUACCAACCUGGCUAUUGGAAUCUCUAAUAGUAAAAUGAAAUACUCAAGGCUCACCAGCACAGACGACGGCUACAUUGACCUUCAGUUUAAGAAAAGCCCUCCUAAGAUUCCAUAUAAGGCCACUGCGCUUGCUACAGUGCUGUUUUUGAUUGGUGCCUUUCUCAUUAUCGUAGGCUCCCUCCUCCUAGCUGGAUAGAUCAGCAAAGGGGGAGCAGACUGAGCUGUUCCUGUCCUGAUUAUUGGCAUACUGGUGUUCCUACCAGGAUUUUACCACCUGUGCAUCACUUACUAUGCAUCCAAAGGCUACUGGGAUUACUCCUAUGAUGGUAUUCCAGACUUUGAUGAUUAGCACAUACCUCAUCCCUGAGAAGAAUCACAGAUCAGACUGAAUCCAGCAUUAUCACUUUGAGUAGAACUAUGGCCAAGGGCUAAGGAAUUCUGUAGCAUGUGAAUGUUUAACACAGCAAUGUGCAGAUUUUAUGGGUCCACCCUAAAGUUGAGCUUAAAGUUAGUUAAGAUGUGCUCUAUUUUCCAACUCCUGGUUUCACAUGAAUUUGUGUUUGGAAGGGUAGCAUUGUUAAUUAUACGGGAAAGCAAGAUAUUCUAUAUUGGCAAAUGUUUUCACCCUUUUUGGAAUUGAGCAGUUCAUUUAAAUAGUUGUCAUUGUCAGUUAUUGUGAAGGGAGAAUGUCAAAUUACUUAUUACUGAGUAA